UUUUACUAACUUGGUUUUUGCCCCUUUGGGCUGUAGGUCUGUCAGUUAGUCAGUCAGCCAGUCAACUAGUCAGCUAACCUCUGUGCAGCUCACAGCACAGGCAACCCUGCAGAACAGCUCAGAUACCUGUACCAAGCAGCUGGAAACACACUGCUCCAGACAAAAUGUGGCUGCUUUCCCUGUUCCUCUUCUCCCUCACUGCUAUCUCUGUGCAGGGGCAGCAGUCCUCAACACCUGUAGUGGACACUCAGUAUGGAAAAGUCCAAGGCAAACUUGAGAGCUUACAAGAAUUUGACAAAACUGUCAAUGUUUUCCUGGGUAUCCCUUUUGCCAAAGCUCCUCUUGGACCCCUGAGAUUUACUCCACCACAGCCUGCAGAGCCCUGGGACUAUGUGAAGAGCACCACUACUUACCCACCCAUGUGUGCCCAGGACCUAGUUUCUGGACAAUUACUCUCUGACCUUUUCACCAACCGGGAAGAAAAAAUUUCCUUGAAAGUAUCUGAAGACUGUUUAUACCUAAAUAUUUAUACUCCUGCUGACCUAUCAAAGAAGACCAACUUACCUGUGAUGGUGUGGAUCCAUGGAGGGGGUCUUUUGGUGGGUGCUGCAUCAGCCUACGAUGGGCUGGCUCUCUCAGCCCUUGAGAAUGUCAUAGUGGUGACCAUUCAGUAUCGCCUGGGAAUCUUUGGAUUCUUUAGCACUGGAGAUGAACAUGCCCGAGGAAACUGGGGUUACUUAGAUCAAGUGGCUGCACUCCAAUGGGUCCAGAAGAACAUCGCCAAUUUUGGAGGAGACCCAGGCUCAGUCACCAUCUUUGGGGAGUCAGCAGGAGGUGUCAGUGUUUCGACAUUGGUUUUAUCUCCUUUGACCAAGAACCUUUUCCACCGAGCUAUUUCUCAGAGUGGAGUUAGCUUAAUGGAUUGUUUGCACAAUUCCAGCCUCACAGCAGCAGUUGAGAAAAUAGUGACUUUUGCUGGGUGCAAAAAAGUCACUUCAGCCAGCAUGGUUCACUGUAUGCGACAGAAAUCAGAGGAGCAAAUCCUGGAUGCAGGUCGGAAGAUGGGAUUAUUUGGCCUGGAUUUCUUGGGAGACCCCACAGAGAAAAUUUCUUUCCUACCUGGAGUCAUUGAUGGAGUAUUUUUGCCGAAAAGUCCUGAAGAGCUCCUGGCUGAAAAGAAGUUCAAUCACGUUCCCUAUAUCAUAGGAAUUAACAAUCAUGAAUUUGGCUGGAUUAUUCCAACUUUGAUGGAGUUCCCUCUCUCAGAAGGCAUACCAGACCAAGAAACAGCAACAGCACUGUUAUGGAGCUCCUACCCACUUGUUAAAAUCCCCAAAGACCUUACUCCUGUUUUAACUAAGGAAUAUCUUGGAAUGACAAAUGAUCCUAUGAAAAGGAAAGAACUGUUUACAAAAUUGUUAGGAGACUUGGUAUUUGGAAUUCCAUCUGUGAGGUUGGCUCGAUUUCAUAUGGCAUCAGGUGCACCAACAUACAUGUAUGAAUUUCAGCAUCGGCCAAGCUUCUCAACCAACCUGAAACCAGAGACAGUGAAGGCAGACCAUGGGGAUGAAAUUCUUUCUGUCUUUGGGGCUCCGUUUUUGAAAGCAAGCUCACCAGAGGAAGAGAAGAGACUUAGCAGGACCGUGAUGAAAUAUUGGGCCAACUUUGCUAAGAAGGGAAACCCUAAUGGGGAAGGACUGCCAAAGUGGCCUGGCUAUGAUCAGAAUGAAGGUUACCUCCAAAUUAACAUCACCCCCAAAGCAGCCAAAAAUCUGAAGGAGAAAGAAGUGGAAUUUUGGACUGAGGUCAUGUCAAAAGAGCCAGCUGGGGUGAAGAGAGAACACGUUGAGCUUUAAUCUGGCGAGGUCUGCCAUCACAUAGUAAAGAAGCCUCAGUAGACCUCAAUGGCAAGAGUUUUUUGUUUUACUUGGCAUGGAUGCCUAGUCCUUUGGUGGUCAGAGAGCUCCUAAGAAUGGGUGGAGGGGAAAAAAAAAAGAAAUAGAAACAGAAAUAGCCAUACAUCAGCCUGAUAAAAGGAAGGAAACACAACUUAAGCACUGGGGGCCAUGAGGAGCCAAAGAUUACUUUCUCUUCUGAAUGUUUUUAGUGGGUGAGGCUGGCUUUGUAUCAUACUAAAUAAAAUCCACUUUACUUGGAA